AGGCAGCCUCUAUAUAUUUCUGAAAGGAAGCAAGCUGCUGCGUUCCAGACGGAGUCUGAGCCUCCCCACACACAAUCCGCUUGGCAUCAAGGACACAAUAACCACACGGCAAGAUGUGCAAAGGACUAGCUGCCUUGCCCCACACAUGUCUGGAGAGAGCCAAGGAGAUCAAGACCAAGUUGGGCACACUGCUCCAGAAGCCUGACUCGGCUAUUGACUUGAUUAUCCCUUACCCAGAGAAGCCGGAAAAGCCAACAAAAGUCCAGAAACCAUCACCAGAGGAGGCUUGGCAGUGGCGCAACUCUCUGGAGAAACUCCUGCAAAAUCCAUACGGGCUUGCUAGCUUCAGGAGCUUCCUCCAAUCCGAGUUCAGUGAGGAGAACAUUGAGUUCUGGAUUGCUUGUGAAGACUAUAAGAAAAUCAAAGUGCCUGCUAAAAUGACUGAAAAGGCCAAGAAAAUCUAUGAGGAAUUUAUCCAAAGUGAGGCUUCCAAAGAGGUGAACAUUGACCAUUUCACCAAAUCUGUCACCAUGAAGAACCUGGUGGAGCCAUCUGUGAGCACUUUUGACCUGGCCCAGAAGAGAAUCUUCAUGCUGAUGGAGAAGGAUUCUCUGCCCAGAUUUGUGCGUUCCAACAUAUAUCAGGAAUUAGUAAAGUAGCAAUGUGGCAGAGCUGUGCGGGGAACGGCUACUCCCACCCCAAGCAGCGUUGUUACUUACUUACUCCAGUUAUCAGUAGCCCGCUUUUGCUAGUCAUCUGGGUAGUUGUUUUGCUUUAUAUGUACAGUAUAUAUAUAUUUCAAGCUUCUAGAUUUCAAAGGCUGUGUUGUUAAAAGUCUUGCCCACACUGUUUUGGUCUUUCUGCUGUUCCAGUUGAUUUCAUAUUACAAUUUCUCGAAUUUCUGUUCUUCUCCAUGAAUAUCACUGUUACAAAAAAAAAAGCAAUUAGAUGGGCACACCUACCUAAAAUACAACAGAUGCCAACUGGUGAAACCUAUGCUACUUGUAUUUAUUAUCCCAUCACCUACCAAUCACAUGUCUGUGUCUAAUAAAAGAUAAGGAGGUUGUGGGGUCUUGAACUGGUGAAUUGGGACCCAUUGGUGACUUGCGGCUGGACCUAUUGGUUGGUAGCAGCAGCAAUGCCACCAUUCAAAUUUACGGUGUGACAAUAAAAAGAGGGUCUCCAAUUGCCUGCUUGGGUUAAGGGUCGGUCCCUAGUCUGAAAAGGAUGAGGACUAUUACUAUAGAAAACAGGUUUUGACCAGCAUAGGUCAUCCUGUCAUUUCUAGUAGCCAUGAGGAUAUAGCAUGACUCAGCUAUAAGAAAGGUAAAGGAUGCACACAAAAAUAACAUUUGCUCCCUUGUGCCUUUUUACUUAAUUCUUUCACUGAGAUCAUAUUCAUAUACUCCCAUGUCAAAAGUUUGUUAUCCACUACCGUAAAAAAAGGUAAAGGUAAAGGGACCCCUGACCAUUUGGUCCAGUCGUGACCGACUCUGGGGUUGCGCGCUCAUCUCGCAUUAUUGGCCGAGGGAGCCGGCGUAUAGCUUCCAGGUCAUGUGGCCAGCAUGACAAAGCCGCUUCUGGCAAACCAGAGCAGCACAUGGAAAUGCCGUUUACCUUCCCGCUGUAGCGGUUCCUAUUUAUCUACUUGCAUUUUGACGUGCUUUCGAACUGCUAGGUUGGCAGGAGCUGGGACCGAGCAAUGGGAGCUCACCCCGUCACAGGGAUUCGAACUGCCGACCUUCUGAUCAGCAAGCCCUAGGCUCUGAGGUUUAACCACAGCGCCACCUGGGUCCACUACCAUAGGUCAUUUUAUUACUGCAAUUUCAUCCAGGGAAUGUUAUUCAGAUAUAUUGUUAUCAGGUGAGAGCAGGCACAAGGAAUAGGACAGAAAAUUACAGCUCUUAAACUGAUGGUAUAAAAACUCAGCUUGCAAUAAUGAUCUAUAUGUUGACAUGGGGAUGUGGGAAUUAGGCAGGAAAGCCAAGAGGUUUAUCAAGCUUCUUGUGGGUUACUUGCAGCUUGGUGGAUGAUAAGUUACACAAAAGCCUGCUCUACUGUAAAGAAGGCUGAAGCGAAAGUGAUACCGGUAGUUUUUUGGUCAGCAACUGUGAUGUCAGCAACUGAUGGAGUUAAGGGAAGGGAUGUGCAAUUAUAUCAUUUUCAAAAUACCUACCCAAGUAGCAGUUACUAAAACACACUAAAACACUUGGAAAUCUGACCAUUCCAGCCCAAAGAGUGUGGCUUGCUUUAGCAACCCAGGCCUCUUAUCUACUUCCAUUUCUUACGUAAGCUUUAGUGAGGUUAUAAUAACUGUAAUGGACCUACAUAAUUGCCAGUGCCAAUGGAUAGCCCAUGCACAGGAGCAUAUGUAAUGUUCCAGAAGUAUUCUUUUCUGACUUGUGAUGAAAAUACCGUACCUGUAGCACUGUAGCAAAGUCUUUUAUCUUUUCAUUCUCUCGGGGGCAGGCUUGCCAAAGCGGGAUUUCAGCCCUAAGCAUUUAACCUCAAAAUUAGUGUUACUUGCAUUCUAAUUAUAAGCUACCUAGAUUUUUGCUUUCCUGUGAACUGCAUAGAAAUAGAAAUGCAUCUGAACCCAAAUGAAGAGAAAAGGAAGCAGUGCUGAGCACCAUCUUGCAAUCCCAGCCUGUGAAUGCAUAGCUGGGGAGAUACACUGAAUCAAUCAGCUAUACAGCAUGGGAGAACUACCCUAAAUCCAGCUUCCCAUCCCAAACACUGGCAGGGGCGAAACUAGGCUUUAUUUCACCCAGGUCAAAGACCCAGUUUCACACACACCCCACGGACAUUUCUGCACACACACACAGGCUGGGAGCCUCAAUGGUGUCUCUCUGGAGGCUUCACCCAGCUAGCCUUCCGCCCCCCCCCCGGGGUCUGUGCCUCUGAUCUUUUUUAUCUUUGAAGGUUUCGCAAAUGGAAAUUAUUUGUUUAAUAGUUUUGUUAGAGUGAUUCCAGAGGGAUCUUUUUGUGGGCUAAGUGCUGCUCAUGCAUGUUUUUUCACAGCGCCCGCACAAUGCUGUCAGCAUCAAAAUACCAGCUCAUUUCCCCCAAACAUUUAAUCCAGAUUCACCUUUUCCCACAGAAAACCCUUAAAAAAAAUAAAAUAAAAACAACAAUCUUUAUUACGGUCCAUACUCUGGCUUCUCCUCAGAUCGUAUAAAAUAAAAUAAAAAUAAAACCCUGCCACUGCUCCUGACCAGUUCAUGAUAUCUAAAUGACUUAUUUGCCAUACUAAGCCCCUUAUUUUUUGAAAACUCUGAGAUCUGGGCAAUUGUCAAGAUGGGGAAAUUAAUCCUAAAUGCUAAAUAGCAAAGGAAAAAAGAAAGCACAAUAAAAAGUAGGCUGCCAAACUCUUUUAAGUUCAAGAUGAAAAGAAAAUAUAAAAUUUAGACAGCUAUAGCAGGAGGGACGCGGGACGCGGGUGGCGCUGUGGGUUAAAGCACAGAGCCUAGGGCUUGCUGAUCAGAAGGUCGGAGGUUCGAAUCCCUGAGACGGGGUGAGCUCCCGUUGCUUGGUCCCAGCUCCCGUUGCUUGGUUCAGCAACCACUGGAGGGCCAAGGGUUUCCACACACCAGCUUUACAACCUAUUUCAUUACAAUGCAAUUAAAUAGCUCUACAUAUACUACAAAUAAGUGCUGGACUAGAACCAUCAUUCCCCGUUUUCUUAAAUUUCUCAAUAAACAAAUUAUUUUCUUCUAAAUUAUAAAUGCAUACUGUGCAGUCUUUAAGGAAAAAAGGUCAACAUGAAAGGAAAUUCCAGGCAACAACUAAUCUAAGUUGGUUAAAUAAUCUUAUUUUCCUGGGAAAUGAUAUGACAAUGAACCUUGGUUUUAGCCCAUUCUUUGCUUGCGGCAAUCCAUCAGUUAUCCCCUGAGGUUAUAUGCACUUGUUUGUGGGAAAGGCUGACUAAUCCCCAGGGACCAUAUUUGGGAACACACAUUUCCUUGAGAUGCUGAUAACAGAACAAGCGGUCAAAAUUCCUCUCCCCCUAGAGGCAGAUUUUCCAGCCCAUGAUGUAGGAGGGAGCCUGCAUGGUUGCAUCCUGGGCUGAACCUGUUCUGUUUCUCUCCCUCUGAAAUUAUGAAGAGCUUUUCAACAUGUUUAAACCUGGAAAGAGAGCUUAACAAGACAGCAUUUGACAUACAGUGAAAUAAACAAAGGCUUGACAAACCUGUUUUCAGAAGGGUAAGAAAAAUAACUUCUAAAAAUUGUUUCCAUGCUGACAAUAUAAAAAUAUAGUGCAUGGCUGAAGGGUCAGGCUUAGUUUUCCCAGGAGAAAGAAAACAAAGCAAUUUGUUUUUAUUGUUUAGCCUCAGGCAAACAUCUAAAGAACCAUUACAGCGUGAGAAUGAGGAUUUUAUGCUUUUUUUCUGAUUUCUCAAUAUGGACCUAGUUCACACAUCAAUUUAAGCCAUAGUUAAAAACAAAUUGUGGUCUGUGAACAAGCAGCAUGCUAGCACACACCACUGAAAACUUUUUGCCGCACUCAUCUGCUUCUCUCUCCUUGCUGGGAAAGAAGCAAGAGACUAAGUUGUAAUUUUCUCUUGCAACAAACCUGUGUACAUUAGCCAAGGUUUGCUCUUGGCUUACUGCUCAUGGUUUGUUUGGAUGAAACAAACCAUAAGCAUUCUGGUUAGGGAGCAAUUUUAUCAGGACUGCAGUGCAUUCUGGGUGACUUGGAGAAUACCUGAAUCAGUUGUGGUAUGGCGGAUUCUCUGCAGAAAUGCUUAGAAUUUGGAUAGUGUUUACUGUCGCACUGUCCAAAUUCUAAGCAUUUCUUACCAAUAUUUUAAAGCAGGUUUCAACUGGGUUUUUUUUUGUUUUGUUUUGCUGCCUAUUGUUGACGAAAGAUGAGUAAGAGAGAAACAGGGGCUAUAACAACAACAACAGCAGCAGCAGCAACAACAACAACAACAAGAAAGAAGAUUCCACCUAAACAUUAGGAAGAACUUCCUGACAGUAAGAGCUGUUCGACAGUGGAAUUUGCUGCCAAGGAGUGUGGUGGAGUCUCCUUCUUUGGAGGUCUUUAAGUGGAGGCUUGACAGCCAUCUGUCAGGAAUGCUUUAAUGGUGUUUCCUGCUUGGCAGGGGGUUGGACUGGAUGGCCCUUGUGGUCUCUUCCAACUCUAUGAUUCUAUGAACAACAACACAAGUUCCCACACCCCUGUGACUUUCCCGUCCCAAGCAGAAUACAGUGAUUUCAGAAUUGGCUCAGGGAUGGUUGAGCCCAGUAGCUUCAUCAAAGGAAGAAUUUAGUCAGUCUGUGAUAGAAAAGCAAUUAGAGCCCAAUGGAUGCUCAAAGUAAGUGGUUCUCAACAUCAUGAAAACGUGUCUUGGAAGAUGCCUCUAAAUGAUCCAAUAUGAAGAAAAAUUAUUAUGACAUUUUCAACCUGUCCCUCUUCUGAGCCCAUAUUAUCCUCCCAAAUCCUCCCAAAUAUGCGUUGUCUCCCAAAUAUUUGUGGGGUAGAUCAGGCUGAGAAAGAGUUUCUGGUCCAAGGCUGCCAGGUGAGUUCACUUCUUGACUGGUUUCCAGAAUCCACAGCCCAAUAAGGAAUGUGACAAGAAAAUGCACUGGAAAGUAUGAGAGAACAAUUGCUUGACAAAACAUUGUAUAGCCUUCACACAAGCAAAUCAAAAUGAAUGUUCAGGAAACAGAUUGUGUCAUCUAACCUCCCUACAAACUUUACACAAAUAAAUCAGGUCGAAUGCUCAGGUACUCUGGAAGUGACCUUAGAUUCAAGGCCUCAGACCUGAACCUAUAAACUUGUGAAACCACUGGAAGACCCUCAAGAAUAAGAUCCUUUGUCUGUGGAAUGGCAGGCCAUCUGUUCCUCUAAACAUCUAUAGGUGUUAAAUGUAAAGAAAAAUACUUGCCUGAUGAUCAGUUAUGUAGAAUGUCAUCAGGUGAGCCAUUCUCCUUCUAGAGCAGGCAUCCCCAAACUGUGGCCCUCCAGAUGUUUUGGCCUACAACUCCCAUGAUCCCUAGCUAACAGGACCAGUGGUCAGGGAUGAUGAGAAUUGUAGUCCAAAACAUCUGGAGGGCCGAAGUUUGGGGAUGCCUGUUCUAGAGCCUGAGUUUUCCACAUUCAAUACCAACCAUGUUUUAGUUUUAAAAAAUAUAUUUAAUUUAUUAUUAUUUUUAAAAUAUUUUUUUAAAAAAUAUAUUUUUAAAAGCUGAGAUUAACAUGAUUGGUCUCUCCUUAUGUGCAUGUUCAUACCUUGCCCUAUCAGUAGUUAUCCAUUGACUUGAUUAGACCAAUUAAAAUACUGAACACUCAUUUUGCAAAGCAUCAUUGCUCCUUAGAAACCAAAGCAAGAACUCUGGCACCGUUUAUUUACAUUUAUCACCCAGCUUAGGGGGCUUAACUUGAAUUGCUUGAGCUAUUCUUCAUUGCUGCCACAACAAAUGCAAAAAGUAAUCUCAUUUUAGGCGACGUGCCUGUGAACCCAGAUUCUUAUAAGCUACUUCAUACCGCAGAAGCCCAGAAUUUCUAAUAAGGUGCAGUUGUGUAGCAUUCUCUAUUUAAUCUUUCUGGUAUGCAAAUCAGAUGGAGGGAAAAUGCAAUUAAAAACAAACCAACAAAAUCCCGAACUUUUGGGGUGCCUUCUACAGAGCAUGUUGGGGUUGUGAUAGCUUUAUUUUCAGUUAAGUUAGAUUUUUAUCCUGCUUGUAUCAUUAAAUGAUGCACAUGUUAGUGGUGAUAUCAUUAUAUUUCUCCAUUAUUAUCUACAGGCUUAUACAAUAUAUAAAAAUUAUGGGCAAAUUCCACUUAGAACUUCUCCUCAUUGGAAUGCAUGCUAUUUAGUCUCCUGAGACUUGUUUUCAUUUCAUUGGGAGAUGUUCCCAUUGGAUUUUUCAUAUUCAUAUAUACCGUAGUAUAUUCAUAUAUGUAUUUCUAGAAUGCUGUAAUUUGUGUUUUGGAUUGUGUUUUGAAUUGCACAUAGACUGAACAACUGCAAAUUUAAAGAUGACUAGUGAAAACUAUUUACUCAGCUUUAUACCCAGUAUGAAAUAAAGUGUCCCUGUGUGUUCUCUGUGA